UUGGGCGUUUCCGAAAGUUCCCCGGAUGAAGUUGUGAUUGACUGUUACACGGCUAAAAAGUUGAGCUCUAGUCGAGAGGUGGUUCUGCAGCCCGUGUGUUCUAAGGAAGGCAAAAUGCAGACCAUGAAGUGUGUAGUGGUGGGGGACGGUGCUGUGGGUAAAACAUGCCUCCUCAUCUCCUACACCACCAAUGCUUUCCCAGAGGAGUACAUCCCCACCGUGUUCGACAACUACAGCGCCCAGAUGACGGUAGAUGGUCGCAGCAUCAGCCUCAACCUGUGGGACACAGCCGGACAAGAGGAGUACGACCGCCUCCGUACUCUGUCCUACCCCCAAUCCAACGUCUUCGUCAUCUGUUUCUCCAUCGGGAGUCCUUCCUCCCACGCCAACGUCUGCCACAAGUGGUACCCGGAGGUGUCUCACCACUGCCCCAGCGUGCCCAUCCUCCUAGUGGGGACCAAGAGGGACCUGAGGAGUGAUGGGGACACGGUGAAGAGGCUGAAGGAGCAGGGUUUAGCUCCCACCACACAGCAACAGGGGAACAGCAUGGCUAAGCAGAUAGGAGCGGUGAAGUACAUGGAGUGCUCUGCUCUGACGCAGGAAGGGGUCAGGGAAGUGUUCAGCGAGGCAGUACGGGCCGUGUUGUAUCCCGUUACCAAAAAGAAUGCCAAGAAGUGUGUACUGUUGUAAUGAAAUGGGUUGGUGACUGGGACUAAGGGAGGCACACGGCUGGAGAGAGUGAGGAGAAAAGACUGGAGAGAGACUGACGGGGAGCUAGUUUGAGUUUGUUGGAGGAGAUGGACUCAGGCCCCUCUGCCUGUAAAGACUCUUGAUUCAGCUCACUUCUCUCCUUCCUCCAGUAUCCUCAAAAUCAAAUCAGGACCUCAAAGCCAGUUCCUUCUUACUCUCUAAUCAGGGAAAAGCUUUAGACCUGGGACACCAGGUGGGAGAGCAAUUCAUAAUCAGGCAGAACUGAAAGCCAGUUGUAGUCUGGACCUCGUAGGGUCAGAGUUGAAAACCCUGGCUCUAUUAUUUUCCUCUCUGCAGUGUUUAAUCCACUUCUCAUUGUAUCACCAAAGUGACUAUGCCAACAGAACUGCAGGGGAGAAUAUAGUCUUUCUCUCCCCAGGAUGCUCAAACUCCUAUUAAUGUUAUCUAUUGAUAUCACUUGAUUUGUAGCAAUGUUCGAAAAGAUGCUUCUGCCUUAGCUAAUACAAUCGGUGUAAAAGAUGCUUCUGCCUUAGCUAAUACAAUCGGUCUAUUUUGUUUUGUGCAAUCCCUUUUUAAGAUGUUCCAUAAUGACAGAUCCCCAACCUGAUAGAGCUGGAGAGACGAGCUUUAGUAUAAAGAUAUCCACUCCCUCCAUCACAGCCUAUCCAGUCAGCUAUUCAGGAUACCCAUCGAGUACUGUUGAAACCACACCUGGAAAUAGGUUUUGGGCAUCUUGAUUUGUGCAGCUCUCUGCUUUAGCUAGGUGUCCAGUUUGCCUUCUUAAUUCACCUUCAAAUGACCCUAAACCUUCUUAAUUUACCUCCAAAUGACCCUAAACCUUCUUAAUUUACCUCCAAAUGACCCUAAACCUUCUUAAUUUACCUCCAAAUGACCCUAAACCUUCUUAAUUUACCUCCAAAUGACCCUAAACCUUCUUAAUUUACCUCCAAAUGACCCUAAACCUUCUUAAUUUACCUCCAAAUGACCCUAAACCUUCUUAAUUUACCUCCAAAUGACCCUAAACCUUCUUAAUUUACCUCCAAAUGACCCUAAACCUUCUUAAUUUACCUCCAAAUCACCCUAAACCUUCUUAAUUUACCUCCAAAUCACCCUAAACCUUCUUAAUUGACCUCCAAAUGACCCUAAACGUUCUUAAUUGACCUCCAAAUCACCCUAAACCUUAAUUUACCUACAAAUCACCCUAAACCUUAAUUUACCUACAAAUCACCCUAAACCUUAAUUUACCUACAAAUGGACAUUAGCCUAAUCCAAUUAUGAUGCAAGGGCCAAAUCAACGGGGUUGUGGGCAGACAUUUUAAAAUCAAUGAAUCGAAUGGUUGGAUGACUGUUGUGAGUUUUUAUGAUUAAUGCUGACAGGAAUGAUGGAACGACAGAGAUAUCAGAUUGUUGGUUCCGGUUAUUUAUGCAAAUGACAUUAUGUGCCUUAUUGUAUUAUAUUUGAUUUUUAAAUUUUAUCUACCUUUUUUUAAAUCUAGAUGUACAUGCAUUAGAUCCCAAAAUGAUUGUAUUAGAAAUAUGUUGUGUGUGUGUGUGUGUGUGUGUGUGUGUGUGUGUGUGUGUGUGUGUGUGUGUGUGUGUGUGUGUGUGUGUGUGUACACUAGUCUCUGGGAAUAACUCAACAUUACGUCCUCUCAGAAGAACCAAAGCUUCUUUCAGAAGGUGAAACGAACCUUUUGAUUUGACACGAUGUUUCCUCCCUCUCGGAAGCGGAUGUAGAGCUGACAUCAGAGAGGUGGUGUGGGUGUUGUGGUGUCAACUUGUGUUCACAGCCUUCAGCGUUUGCCACUAGAAUGUGAUUUAUGCUACAGCCUAUACGAUGCUGGUAAAUGGGCGGUGGGGUUUACAGGCUGUGUGAUAACUGACAACGGCAGCAGGAAGUAGGGCUCAGAUUCCAGUAACUGUACAUUAUUUAGGCUUGUCUUUUUAUUUCUGCAUCUUUUUAUUAAAUGAAUGAACCGUG